AUGCUUUCCACUCGGAUUCUGCUGGUCGCAGCAGUCUUCACGAGCAUCGUGUCGUCUCAAACUUUGUCCACGCCUUUCUGUGAUUCGCUGACUGCUAUCUGCUACACCUCUUACACCACCGGACUUGGAAUUAGCUAUCGAAUCGCUCUUCCCGAUGACGGUACUCCAGAAGAUGUCAUUCUUCAGGUCGUUGCCCCAGUCAAAAUUGGGUGGGCGGGAUUUGCCUGGGGUGGGACUAUGCCGUGGAAUCCGUUGUCCGUUGGGUGGUCUAGCGGGACGACAGGUGCAAUCAUUUCUUCGCGGAGAGCAUUCGGACUGAAUCUGCCCCUGGCGUACGAUAAAGCACAAUACACCUAUCUGCGAGGCACCGGAACCAAUUCUACUCAUUGGACCGUGACCGUCCGAUGCCAAGGCUGUACCUCGUGGCAAGGCAGUGAUGGUUCGAACAUGACAGUGCCGCUGAAUGGGACUACGACGUUUGCCUAUGCCUACGCUAUCUCUCCACCAUUAAAUCCUGCCGACAACAGUUCGGGUUUCAAUGUUCAUGAUAAUAUUGGCAAAUGGGUCCAUGAUGUCAAGGGGGCACGAAGCUCCAAGUUCAGCUCUUGGAUUGCUAACAAUAUAAUUUUGCCUGUAGCACCCAUAAGCAGCUCCAGCACUUCUCAGCCCUCAAGCACGACAACCGUAUCCACGACGACCCCAUCUCCGACUAGUACUGCUACGGUCAUGACAAGUGGCAUGCCAACCUUGUGCCCUGGUGUUAGUGCACCAAAAUAUCCCUCGGUUGUGGCAAAUGGGUGGAGGGCUACUAAAGUCAAAGGCGGCAUGGCGGCAGCUCGUGGAGUGGUCUUCGAUUCCGCAGGUCAUCUUCUUGUUGUCGAAAGCGGCUUGGGGAUUACAGCGCACACUCUCGAUGGCUCUGGCUGUGUCCAGUCGAGUAAAACAGUCGUUUCGCAGGCUAAUCUAAAUCACGGCAUUAGCUUUGAUGCAAAUGGCACAACCCUUUUUGCAAGUUCAAUGACCGUAGUCUGGAGCUGGACCUAUGAUCCUGUUGCUGUCUCUAUAGUUGGGUCUGCAAAAACGGUAAUCAAGGGCAUGUUUAACAGUGGUCAUCCUACUCGAAGCCUCCUCAUGUCACCGUCUCACCCAAAUACCCUGCUCGUAUCACAUGGAGCCAGUGGCAAUAUCGACUACCCCGCUGGGGAUAUCAAAACUGGGCGGGCCAUGAUCAGGGUGUUCGAUUUAAGCACCGUUCCAGUCGAAGGAUACAAUUACUCAACUGAUGGGUAUCUCCUAGCUUACGGUCUCAGGAAUGCCGUUGGCAUUGUAUUUGAUCGCAAUGACAAACUAUGGGUCACUGAAAACGGAUCCGACGAAUUAACUCGAACUACGGACGGUCAAACCGUAGACAUACAUGGAGACAACCCUGCCGAAGAGCUCAACUAUAUUGGGGACCUUGCACCAAGCACUAAUUGGUAUGGCUUCCCCACAUGCUAUUCGGUAUGGAAACCUAGCGAUAUUCGAGAUAGGGUUUUUGGCAUUGGCGAUCAAUUUGUCCUGGUCCCGAAUGCUACUUUCAACGAUUCGGCUUGUGGUAACUUAUCAAUACCGCCUCGCCUGACGUUCCAAGCACACUCUGCGCCCCUGGACACCAAGUUUGACAGAUCCUUCGCAAACAUGUAUGUGGCUUUCCACGGAUCCUGGGACCGUGACCCACCAACGGGCUAUAAGGUCGUUGAGGUCCCUUUUUUCAGAGGUCGUGAUGGACGUUAUGGCCCGGUAUCUCUCUCAAAUAGCACAUCUGGGUAUCGAGAUAUAUGGUCGAACGUGAAUGUCAAUCAAUGCAGCGCAACUCAAUGCUUCCGCCCAGCUGGCAUUGUGUUUGAUCAUCUUGGAAGAAUGUAUGUCACAAGCGACGCGUCCGGCGAAGGAGAAAUGUGGCUGUUGGGCAAGAUAUGACAGCCAUAUCGAGACAUUAUUAGCCCUAAAGUCCAGUUCUAUUUAGUAGCCGGGUAAUUCAUCUAGUGAUGUAACAACUCUGUAUUGCAAACAUGUACCGUCGUUAAGCAGACCAACGGUCCUCCUUCGCGGUCUUUGUACAAAUGAUGACCAGAUAUGCAUGGAAGUGCGUCUCUUCUGGAUACACGGCUAUUUGUGAGCAGGCUGGUGUUAUUUUUGCGCUCUUACAACAGUCUGUCUCAGUGUCAUGAUGAUCUGUGGGUUCUUGAUUGAGGAGAUUUAAUUUAAAACGCUCACCUAGGUUCUUGGCCUAUUUCGUCAUUCUCUGCAAGUUUCCUCCAACUUCCAUUUUUAUGCAAAUGGAUUGAUUUCGGCACAUCCAGUAUUUCAAAUCAGUUAUGGCUCUGAAAGGGAUAUAUUCAAUUGCCUGCUUUGUAGUAAGUGUUCACGAUAAUGUGUAUAUUUCAG